CACGCCUAUUUCCUCUCAUCGCCUCUCACAAUUCCCCUAAUCUAACACAACACCUUACGCUCACCCUUCAUCCACCACCAUGGCAGCCAAUUUCCGGACGCUCGAAAUCACAGUGAUCUCCGCCGAGAACCUGCAAUUAGAUCAAAAACCCAUUAAGACAAACGCCUCCGUGACCGUCCGGACGGACACCAACAGCCAGUUUCGCACCACGGAGAGGGACACCGAAGGCGGUGCCUACCCACGGUGGAACGAGAAGCUCGUGCUCGACUUGCCUACGCACUCCAAGUCCAUCACGGUGGAGGUCCAAUGCAAGACCGCGUACGGCGUCAGGACGUUCGGAACGGCGACGGUUCCGGCAUCGGAUUUUGUUGGCGCUUAUGUGCCGGAGGGUUACCCGCAUUUUUUGAGCUACAGGCUGAGAGAUUACAAGGGGGAGAGGAAUGGGGUUAUUAAUAUUUCUGUCAGGAUGAAGGUUCCGGAGAUGUACGCUUGUGCAAGUUCAACAACGUCGUCUCACUCGAGGAUGGGGUUUCCGGCGGCUGGGAACCAUAGUUUUGGUGGUGGCGUUGCGAUUGGAGUUCCAGUUUGGUACGGUGCCUAUCAGAAAAAUUAUUGAAGAUCCAAGUCACAAUAUUUUGUGCGUAAAUAUUAGAGGAUUUAGACUUCUGAUUAAGGAUUGUGUUCUUGAAGGAAAUUUUAUGCAACCAUUUAAUUCAUUGUUUUA